AUGGCGUACGGAGCUGCUUACCCUAAGACUGAAACUCCAUCUUACAUCGAAGUAAGUUCGGCUGGAUCGACAGCGGUUGGGGAGAGGGAAAAGCUAUCAGACAUCAAUCCAAUGAACAGACAAAGCAACCAAGGACUGAUCCUCCGGAAGCCCUCUUUCCUUGGGCUGGCGGCAUCUCUUUUGGGCUGCUUUUCUGCCUUCUUGUCUUUGCCUGAGAUUCAUGAACUCUGGGUUCGCUUUCCCAUUCUCUCUUGGCUUGAUGAUUCUUAUAGUAUUGCUUCAGAGGAGAGACUUUCCAACCGGAAGGAUCACUACAACUUUACUCAGGUCGGCAGCUUCUCCAUCGGGGCCAAAGCAAGGCCCCGUUAUGUCUUUGAGUGCCGGGAGAUUGGGAAGAAUGAGAAACGAAAGUCUCGAAACUACAAUUAUUGGAACCAAAGCGCCCACCUAGAAACUAUACCAACUGCCUCCUACACUACGAAAUGCCACAGCGCAGAAAACUCUUUCUUUCGAUCUUGGCUGUCUUCUUUGACUUUCCCCGAAAUUCCUAAUGGAACUGAAUAA